AUGCCGCCUCCUCUACCGCUGUCGCCGCCGCCUGCUUUCAACGCCCUUUCCUCGGCACCUCCUUCCCCUGUCGGCGAGCUUCUUCCUGCUUUGCCCUCUCAGACUGCCUCUUCCCACCAGCCAUCUUCUUCGAUAGCCACAAUCUCCACCACCAAACACACAACUUCCCAACCAUCCUCAGCACAUCCUUCGGCAGUUCCAUCCGCACAACAUCGCCACCAUCAGCCCAUCGCCUUUCCUUCAGUCUCUCAGGCGCUACCAGAUCCCCCUCUUCAAACCAGUACCUCCUCUGCAACCUCUUCCGCCAGGCAUAGUCGCUCCUCUUCUCCCGCACCAGCAUCAGCACCAGCUCCUCCGCUUCGCACUCUUUCCCAGGGCCCCUAUUCGACGGCCAACCUCGAUGCCACCGGUGGAACCAUCUCCACUCUGACCUCCUCGGAGCGCCGUCAGAUCACCGACAGUCUCAAAGCGCACAAACGCUCCUCCUCGCUAGCAACGCUCAAGACGUUUGCUUCUGUCGUCGGCGCUGCCAGCACCAAAUCCUCCCCGCCUCAAACCGCCGCCUCUGCUGCUUCAACCGAUUCGUCCGCCUCAGCUCUGAUGCCCGCGCCCACUCAACCUCCAUAUCGGCGUGCGCAGACCUACAGGUUCUCUAGAACCCAGUCGGCUGCACCUCCUCAGGCACGUUCGCAUGAUCCUUCUUAUGCAGCUCAAUUUGAGCCUUCAUCUCACCACGCUUCCCCAGAAGAGUUGGAAAAGGAACAGCAACGCCUUAAAGCCGCUGCUGCCGCUGCUGCUGCAAAGUCGGCCGAGGAGCAAGCUUGGGAAAAGACCCGCGGUGCAGGUAGCGCCGUGCUUGACCUGCUCAAGCUCCCUCCUCUCAGUGAUGACGAAGCAGAUGAUCACCAUUCCGGCGCUUCCAGCGCGCAAGGGCGUCAGAGCAGAGCCACAACGCCUGGCUCUGCCUCGGGCUCUGGAACGAGCGACGUCAGUCUCACGACUAGCGCCAACGCCACUGUCAAUGUGAAUGCCAACGCCAACGCCAGCGGCUCCGGCUCCGGCUCUUCCCACACCGACAGCUCCAGCCGCUCCUCCCACUCCAAGCGCAAGUCUGCCAAGGUUUCUCGCAAAUGGGAUGCAGAGCGAGUGCUGCCAACGCUCGACGACGUCGAGGCCCGCCAUCACGAGCCCGUCACCGUCUCUUCCGCCGACAAACUGCUCAGCCGAGGCAUUUCUGAAUAUACCCUACUCCCCAAGAUCCUCGGUCGCGGCAAGUUCUCCAGCGUCUUCCUCGCCUCCAAACCACAUGGGCCCACAGGCGAGCCAAAGCUCUUUGCUAUUAAGCAUACCCCUCUCUUCCCGCACCAUCCCCUGAUAGCAACCCGUCUGCUGCGCGAACCCACCCUCUUGGCCGAGCUCCCACCGCAUCCCAACCUCGUAAACGUCUACGAGACCAUUCGUACCCCAGGCCACUUUUACCUCGUCGAAGAGUACCUAGAUGGCUACGUCACCCUCGAGGCGCUUCUACUUAUGCGUUCCGACGAGCCACCGCCGCACGCUCCCAUCCUACCCACUGGCGUUGCCAAUUGUGUCCUUGACCAGCUUCUCUCAGCAGUACAUGCCAUUCACCAUCCGCUUCAGAUCUGCCAUCGUGAUAUCAAACCCGAAAACAUCCUCGUUCACCCCGACACCCUGCAGCUCAAGCUCCUCGACUUUGGUCUCGCCACCCACUUUAGCCGCAGCGAGGCAAAGCUCUCGACUUGCUGCGGCAGUCCCGCAUUCCACUGCCCCGAAAUCGUCACCGCGCUCCGCAAUCCGCUCGGCACAGUACAUUACUGGGGCCCCGAGGUGGAUGCUUGGACGUGCGGUAUUACCAUGCUCCGUCUUCUCACCGGGAUCCGUUAUCCGAUCGGCGCCUCUCACACAAGCGUGCGCUCCAUGAGCAUCCGCGCUCAACGGGCCGUCGCGACCAUCAAGGAUCCCGAGCUUCGCGAUCGUGUCGGUAAGUUGCUCCAAGUCAACGGCGAACGCAGAAUGCGCAACUUUGAGGACUUGGUCAAGGCGCUCGAGACAUCGGCCGAAGAACCUCCCUAUCGUGGUGUCAAAGAGUUCAAAAGCACCACCUUCAUCCCCGUGCAACCACAACACAAGAUGAAUCUGCCACUCGUUGUCGGUCCUGCCGCCGAGGCUGCGCUCACCUCACCGCUGCUGCCGAGCGGUGCCACUCCGUCCGCUUCGAAGCGCACGACACCAAUCAAUUCGAGACCCACUUCGCCUACCUUGGCCAACGCGGACGUUCCAGAUGCUCACCUCUCACCGGCACCCACGCUGUUGCUCAGCAACCCCACCUAUCAGCCGGCUCAAAGGAUCUUGUCCUACGUCAAGUAUUGCUUGCGCUGCGCCGGAAUCUUGUAUCACUGUUGGCCCGACACAAGCUCCAGCACAAGCCUGCCUCCCACCCCCGGUCCAUUUGAGGCCGCGUUUCGAGAGUUUAACAACACGGCGCUCUUGAACACCAGCUCGCGUACCAGCGACAGCACACUGUCCUCAGCACCAACCGAUGCCAACGCCCCUGCCUCUCUCUCCCCUAGCACACCCUUUCCCAUACAGGCAGCACGCUCCGAGCGUGAUCCGUAUUCGCACAUCCAUGUCUUUGAGUGCGUUCUCGAGAUCGUCGACCCACCUGAAGGCGCCAACGAACAAGAGCCGUUGUCUCUGGUCCAGUCCAUCUUUAGCGCUCUCAGUUUCGGUCGUCGCCCUGCCAAUCGACGCAGCCUUUCAACACCGCCAAAGCCCGAAAGCUUACAGCCAAGGGGGAUGCCCCGCCCACCAGGUACGCCGGCUGAUGCACCAGUUUCCGGAUCUGGCAGCGCUACUGGCAAAACUGGCGACGUCAAAUGUCUCACCUUUUACCUCGUGCUUCGUUUCCCUCGACGCUCCUCCGGACAGGUCAAUUUUGUCUCUGCACGACCCGCCUACAGUCGAUCGUCGAGCGUAGCAAGCCAUUCGCAUCGAAACCGCUCCCGCGCAUCCUCAGCCGUGGGCGCAGACAGAGAGGUCGGAGGUCUUCAGAGAGACAUCAGCACCGACAGCCUGACGCGCCUCUCCAAGCUGCACAGCAAUCACGCCGAAUUUGCCAGGGGAAUCCAUCCACUACGUAAAGCCAUGAUUGAUUCUAACCACACAACGCCUCGUGCAAGUCGCACAUCCAGCCCGGCCGUGUCGCACGGGGAACUCAGGAAGCGGGACGCUGUAGAGCGUUAUCACAAAGACACAAACGAACGCACCAACCUUGGCCUCACCAUCGAGACAUCACCCGAACUUUUGCGUGUUGCCGAAAUGCAGUCAUCCGCCCAAGACAAGGGAUCACCGCGAUCGGCGCCGAACUCGAGAUCGACGAGUCGCGCGCGAUCGCGCCGCUCGAGCCGUGCACGCGCUCCAAGCACAUCACACAAGGGCUGUGGCUCCAACAAGGUUUUUGUGCAUGUCACUGACCAUCGUGUACUUGACGCAGUGCGCAAGGCGCUCAGCAUCGGUGGCACCACCACCGACUACAACCCGGAUCCCGAGACAGACUACGAGGAUGCUGCGCAGUGGACGAGUCCUGACCUUCGCAUCCGAGAUUUGACGCCCGGUCGAGAACCCGAUCCAAGCCUUUUUGCUGGCGCACUUGAAUCCAAGCUGCGUCGCUCUGCACAGGGCCGACAUCGGACGCAAUCACUCCGCCUCGCUUCCGGCCUGCCUGCGGCUGUAGCGGAGGGUCAAGAUGCUGAAACAAGCGGUGAGACGGGCCAAGCAUGUCGACCGACUUGGGUUGAUGUGCCAACUGGCGCAAGCGUGCCACGAAGUACUUUCUCGCACGGUAGCGACGACCAAGAGCAAUACACACGCGGUCGAUCCCUGGGUCCGGCUGGCAGUCUGGGCGCAAAUCCAGCCUUGGGCAUCCCUUUUGCUGCAAACCCUCCCCGUCUGCGUGCUUCUUCGAACCUUGCUUUUGCCGUCGUUCAGGAGGAGUCCUCGCCGUCCAACACGGAGAAAUCCUUGUCACAGUCCAGGGCUUCGCAGUCAAAGACAAUGCUCGACCUACAGGACAAGCCAGAUGCAGCGCGAUCGGCCUGCAAUACGUCGGAUGCCGAUGUCAAUGCUUCGAGUUUGAAUGCUUUCGAUCUGGCCAAGGCAGUCGUCGCUCUGACUACAAUGACAUCAGCGCUCCUCCAAGAGGCCACUUUGCGCAAUACAGCCGAGCUGGAAACGACUGCGUCUGGGAUUGCAGACUAUCUGCUUGAACUGCAGACCGAGGAUGUGGCUCGCUUUGCACAGGAGCUUGACUCGAUCUCGUUUGACCUGUUCAAGGCAAUGUCGCCCGUGACGGGUCUCGUGGACCGUUCGUCGGGGCAGACGGCGAAGGUGGCUGCCACCGCGAAACAGGUCGUGGAUCUGUUAGGUGAGCACGCAUCCUCGCGCGAGGUUUACAUGGCUGUCGACAUGCGUUGUGGUGAGAUGCUGGAAUCCGAGGCUCGCACUAUCGAACUGCUUGACACAGAGCAAAUUUGGAGUUUGGCGGCCGAGGCCAUCUAUUUGAUGCGUUUGCUCAACACGGUGCUUCCGCGCAUCCGCACCAAGAAGCCGCAGGGCUUCUCACAGGUGUUUGCACGACUACCGCAUUGUCUCAUGGUGGGGCUCACUUCUGUGGCCGAACACAGCGCCCACGCAUCCGAGAAGCUCGCGGAAGAAGCGGUCAAGACAUGCUGCUCGACUGCGCUCAUCAUGGUUGAUUGGGAGGCGCGUUGCAUGGGAGGCUCGGAGCGGGAACCUGUGCGCAAGACGUCUCGCGAAGCGUUGAGCAGGUUUCUGCAGGGUGUCACGGUUUGCUUGCCUCACCUCGCGGGAGCCAAGACAGCUCUGGCUGAAGAGUACUUUUACACGCAAAAUCCCCGGUACGCACCAGCAGGCAAGAGCGCACCUAGCGCUGUGAAAUGCAACGAGGCCUUGUUUGCCGAGAUCUCCAAGACGCUUGCGUCACUGGAAGUUGACUUGGGAUCCAUCUGGUCCAACGCUUUGACGGGCAUGUCGCGCAACCCAGACGACAACGAUGCGCGCGAGACACUAAGCGCGCUAGGAGUUGCGGGAUUUGUAUUGCACGUGCACCUGCUCUACUCGGGCUUUGCAAGGGUUCGUCCAGCGGAAUGGAAGGGUGUGCGGGCGCAAACGCAGUUGGAAGCCGCACUUCCUGUGACGUUGCUGGCAGCCAGCGGACAGACGAAAGCGGCAGCUUCGCCAGAUCUGGAAGAGGGCAACGAGGACGCUCUUGCCGAUGCGAGCUUACUUUGGAUGCAAUGGUGUCUUUGCGGGCUUCAUCAAGAUGCUUCUGCGGACCAGCGACUCUUACCCACCGAAUUGGCUAGAAGCCUGGCACAGACGCUGGCUUUGCAGAGCGUUAUUUCGCCGAGCCCAGGCGCACGAUUUGCGAGGUUCAAGUUGCUGGCAGAUGUGUUGGUGCAUUGGUGCGACAAGAUGGUUGCACUGCAGUUGAUCGAGCAGCUGAUCACCAGCUCGCCUUUUGCUCAAAUGCGCGCUGGCGGCGUGUCAUUGCUGCGGCAAGCACUUGUUGCGUGGCUCACGCCAUCUACUCGGACCGAUGAUCAAGGGGAUCUUCUCAUCCAGACGCUCAUCGACCUUCUCAACAACAUCACCGUGUUGCCGCCCACGUUGGCAGUGGAAGACGUCUCGGCCGAAUCGGUGGCUGAGGAGAGCGGCAAACUUACGGACCUGCUCUCGCUGCUCUAUUGGCUCGAGAUCCAGCAACGCCAUUCGGUGCUGGUGAAGAGGGUGCAUACCGAGCUCGGCUACAAGGACAAGUUUGUGGAGCCGUUGAGGAAGGUGCUGGAUAGCAUUGGCCGUGACACUGAUGCGGAUGCGAAUGCAGAUGCGGACGCUUUGCAGAAGGUGCAAGUGGUGCAAACAGCCUUGCAAAGGCUAUUGGAAUCGUUGGAUGAGGAGCACGCCACAUAA